UUGAAACCAACCCUAAGCUCUUUUUAUCUCCGCCCUAAAGGUAGCCCCGAUUAUUACUGACUUAAGCAUCGGAGUGUCUACCCCGAGUUCCAUCUUGGGGCUUUGCAGGUCUUUCCGGAGUACAAGCACGGACUGAAGAAGGACUUCUGGUUUGGUGCAAUUACAUUGGCGCCGUCUGUGGGAAUCGAACUGAAAGCUUUCUAGUUGCUCUUUCAUCAUGGUUCACACUCGAUCAAUUCGAGCUUGCAAUUUAUCUCUGCCUCUUGGGCAAGGUCAACCCCCCAACAACCUUCCACCCCUGAUCCCACCUCAAAUCCCACCUCAGCUUCCACCUCAAGUCCCAACUAUAUUCCCUUCUGUUGAUCAUGCAGAAGGAGGAGAUGAAAACCAACCCCAUACCUCAGCUCACAAUUCAACUUCCACUGCCAACCAAGACAUAGUGACAGCUCAGCUUGCUGCCAUGCAGCAGCAGUUUGGUGUUUUUCAGUUGAUACUGGCUCAGCUUUUAGCUAGAAAUAAUCCUGGUGAUCCCCUCAUUAAUUUACUAAACCAUACUCAACAACCCCCAGCUCCACAACAGAAUCCCCAACCGGUUCAACCUGCCCCCGCUAUUAGCGAAUCUCAGGGUCAAUCCCACAUAGCACCCGCUCAACAACCCAUCCCUGAUGAUGUUACUCACCGCCUCAAUAGCUUGGAAAAGCUAGUAGCUGAACACCGAGGUGCUCCACCCCCACGCCAUGCUACUGAUUCUAUACCUCACCCUUUGAAUACCAACAUUACUCUAGAACCCUAUCCUGCUGGCUUCAAAAUACCACAAUUGGAGACUUACGACAGGAUGAAGGAUCCCGAUGAUCACCUGCAUGCUUUCUACUCUUGCAUGCAAGCUCAAAACGCCUCUAACGCAUUGAUGUGCAAAAUCUUCCCCUCUACUCUCCGAGGUAAUGCCCGAACUUGGUAUUACAGUUUACCUCCGAGGUCAAUUAGCUCUUAUAUAAAAAUGGCAUUUGCCUUUGCCACUGAGUUUUCCAGUAGAAGGUUGAUUAGGAAAACUACUUCUGAGCUUAUGAGGGUUAAACAGAGGGACGAAGAGUCUCUGAAGAACUACAUGAGUAGGUUCAAUGAUGCGGUGUUGGAGGUUAGUUCAUUCGACCAAGCUGUGGGUAUUGCAGCUGUAAUCUCUGGUCUCAAACAUGACAGGUUCCGAGACAGUUUGAUCAAACAUGCUGCCACCACCUAUAGUGAGGUGAACGAUAGGUCUCUGAAAUUUAUAACUGCUGAGGAAUACGCCCUGGCGCAAAACCAACCUCCUUCUAAGAACCAAAACCCAGAAUGGAGAGAUGACAAUCCGAGCCGGAAAAGGAUGAGAAUGGCGCAGAACCGAGGUCCGAUGUUGACCUCCCUAAUGAGAUUCGUAAGGACGAACUCAACACCCCCGCAACAAUCUGCAGGUAAACCUCCAGUUCAUUGGACUCCCUUUAAUCUACUGAGGUCACAAAUUUUUAUGCAGAUCAAGAAUAAAAUGGAUUUAAGGCGUCUUGGCCCAAUGAAAACUGCUGCUGCUAGUCGAGACCACACCAGAUAUUGUGAUUUUCAUCAAGAUCACGGCCAUACUACAGAGCAGUGCAACAGCUUAAAGUCUGAACUAGAAAGUUUAGCUCAGAAGGGAAUGCUAAAUGAGUAUGUUCAGAGAGCUGAACAGCCGAGGUUUAUCAGAGAACAGAGGCCGCAGCCUCAAGGAAUCCGCAAUCCCCCAAAUAGGCAAGGUGUGGGAUAUCAGCAAGUCCCACCUUCGCUCCCACUACCAACUAGAAUCAUACAUAUGAUUAUGAGAGGCUUUGAAGCAGGUGGACUGAGCUCUAAGCAGCGAAAGCUGUAUGUCAGAGAGGUUAAACACAAAAACCGAGCUCAGAAGUGGAAGAUUGACGAUGCUGAGUGGAAAAAUCAGCCCAUUACUUUCACGUCUGCUAAUCUCGAUACAGUUGUUACACCCCACAAUCAUCCCUUGGUCACUUCUGUAAUGAUUAAUAACUGUGAAGUACAGCGUGUCCUUGUUGACACCGGGAGUGCACCAGACAUCAUGUACUUCCAUUGUUUCGAGAGUUUGGGACUGGAUCCAACAUUGUUGCAGAAAUAUGAUGUCUCACCUCUGUAUGAAGUUCCCAACUCCUAUGGGAAUAGCAACACUGCGAGGAAACCAGGAGGUGGCCAGGCAUUGUUAUCUCACCUUGAUAUGCCGGGAAUUCCAAAUUCGGUGUCUCAACAUAAGCUCAGCACCAACCCAUUAAAGAAAUCAGUGGCCCAGAAGCGGCGUCUUUUCAGGGUCCUGGUAAAGAAGGCAAAUGGCAAAUGGCGAAUGUGCAUUGAUUACACAAAUCUUAACCACGCCUGCCCUAAGGAUUGCUAUCCAAUUUCGAGCAUUGACAAAUUAGUUGAAGCAGCUUUAGGCAAUGAGAGGUUAAGCCUCUUGGAUGCAUAUUCUGGGUAUCACCAGGUGCCAAUGGCUCCCGAAGAUGAAGAGAAAACCUCGUUCUAUGCUGGCGAUGAAAUUUAUUGUUAUGUCAUGAUGCCGUUCGGCUUAAAGAAUGCAGAAAACCAUCUAGCCGACCUCGACGAAACCUUUAACAACCUCAGAAAGAACCGGAUGCGGUUAAACCCAGCCAAAUGCAUCUUCGGAGUGGAAUCUGGAAAGUUUCUAGGUUUCAUGGUGUCCCGGAGAGGAAUUGAGGUCAAUCCAAAGAAGAUCAGAGCAAUUGACGAGAUGGAACCGCCGAAGUCAGUGAAAGAUAUACAGAGGCUGACUGGAAGGGUGGCAGCUCUGCAUCGAUUCAUAUCGAAGUCAGCAUAUAAAUGUCUGCCAUUUUUCAAGAUUAUGAGCUCACCACCUCUGUUGACUAAGGCUGUAGAUGGAAAGAUUCUUUACUUGUACCUGGGGAUUUCAGAUGAGGCCAUUAGUUCAGUUCUGGUGAGAGAGGAAGCCAGGCAGCAGAAACCAAUCUAUUAUAUCAGCAGUGUAUUACACGGAGCAGAGCUGAGAUAUACUAUAGCUGAGAAAGCAGCACUAGUAGUUGUCACUUCGGCCAGGAAGUUGAGGCCAUAUUUUCAAUCACACCCAAUUAUCGUUAUCGAGUGUCAUGCCCCUUACACACACUCACUUUCAUUUUGCAUUAGGUCCGUGUCGGAGGUGAACCCGACCUCUAGUCUGGAAUCCUUACGAAUCUGGCUUGGAAGAGCAAUUCUUCCCGCUUUGAGGAGUAAGAUCGGUUCCCAUUAGGUUGUUUCCAUUGGUUAAUACAACACCUGAUGAUGUAAUAUCAUUCUGUGUAUUAGCUUUUGGAAAUAUCUCUUGUUGAUUCCAAAAGGAUAAAUGGUUGAGAAGGCC